UAUAAGCAGCCGUCACUUGUUACUUUCGCUUCGUUUUCUUACAUUUGUCUGAGGAGGCUAAAUGUAGCCAGCAGCCAGCUAUGUUUAAAAAAACCCUUACAUGAAACCGAUUGAUACGAGCUAAGAGCAGCAAGCAUCUAGCUGCUGCCGUGCCUGUGGUUUGGUGUUUUGGGAUGAGGAGUUGUCCUAUUUUCCACAACGAGGCUGACUCCUGAUGCGUUCAGUUCCAGACCUGUUGACCCCGGUGUGAUGCAUUCACUGGCUCAGGAGAUCCAAGGCUUCUCCAAAAAAAGCCUGAAAAAACAGUGCACGUAUGUUACCACGGUAACGGGCAGGAGGCUGCUGGAGAGGAGGAGUGAUGGAGGAGACGGAGAAGAGCAGGUUGAAGAGCUGGAGGAGGGAAGUGGAUGUGGAUUUGUAGAAGAUAAAAGUCUGGACCUUCAAGUUGGUGUCGUUAGACCCUUUUUACUACUAGCCUCUCAGGAUGCAGCCCACGACAUUGACACCCUGCAGAGAUAUAAGGUGUCUCAUGUGCUAAAUGUGGCCUACGGAGUCACUAACCUGUUCCCAGAUCAGUUGGUUUAUAAGACGCUCCAGAUCCUGGACCUCCCAGAGACAGACAUCACUUCAUAUCUCGGGGAAUGCAGCUCCUUCAUAGAUCAGGCCCGAGAACAGCAGGGUGUGGUGCUGGUCCACUGUAACGCUGGCGUGUCACGUGCUUCCUCCAUCGUGAUUGGCUACCUGAUGUUGAGGGAGGGGCUUCCAUUCGAUGAUGCGUACGGCCAGGUGAAGCUGGCAAGACCUUCGAUUCGCCCCAAUCCCGGUUUCUAUCAACAACUGCAAAGCUACAAACCAUAAAGCACUACAAAUUCUUUUUUCAACUUUAAAAACAAGCCGUAAAGGACUACAACACCCAAAAAUCCAACACCCUUUUUCAUACUUUGUUCUCUUGUUGUAGAGACUGUGAUGCUGUUUUACUAUCAAAGAUGAUGGAAAAGGAGAUGGAUAAUCUCAUCAAAUUGGAAGAUAUUUAGAUUUUUCAUUGGGAUUUUUCUUUUUUUCAAUAAAUACUACACAUAGUCUUUUUUUCUGUGUGUUAUAUUUAAACAUCAGUGUCCUUUCUCUAAAAUAAAGUUAUUA